AAUGAGGUCAACGAUGAUGACAAGCACCAAUGUUUCAAUCAGAAGUUUCUGAAUUGCUGUUUCGUGGUCGAGACUUUCAUUCACGGCCAAUAGUCACAUAAAGGAGAGUUGAGGCGUUCUUUUCUCGGCUGCAGGCCUGUCCGGCGGUUGCUAGGUAACCAGAACCGCCAGAAAGUCAAAACACUGAACACUGAGCUGUGUGAGGCAUUCGGGCGUACGCCCGGCAGAGUUUUCAGUAUCAUUCCAAUCCUAUUCAAGACUUAUUAAUAUGGAUUUAAUAUUCCUUGCUCUAAGUUUAUAUAAGAAAAGACAAUUUGAAGAAUGUGUCAAGACCUGUACAGAGCUGCUGGAUAAAAAUCCUUUCGAUCAGGCUGUGUGGGUCCUGAAGAUGAAAGCUCUCACAGAGCAACUUUAUGUGGAUGAUUUGGAAGCUGAGGAAGAGGGAAUUGCAGAGGCUUUUAUGGAUAAUGAAACAAUAGCAGAAUCAGCUCGACCAGGGACCUCUCUCAAAAAUCCUGGCACCUCUCAAGGUGGCUCUACGCAAGGAUACAGGCCCUGGACUCAAACUGGUCGCCCUGUUAGUGGUGUGGUUCGUCCGGGCACUCAAACAGCUAGACCAGGUACAAUGGAACAGGCAUUACGUACACCUCGUACGUCAAAAACAGCUCGACCAUCUACAAGUCAGUCAGCUCGAACUAUUCGACUUGGCACAGCAUCAAUGUUAUCUGAGCCAGGAGGACCAUUCAUUCAGUUAUCUAGGAUAAAUCUGGGAAAUUAUGCAGCCAAACCUUCCCUUGCAAAACCACUUUUCCUGUACAUUCUGUAUCAUGAAAAUAGUAUACGUCAUGCAUUACAGCUUGCUGUUCUGGCUACACAAGCAUGUGAAUUUAAAGACUGGUGGUGGAAAGUACAACUUGGAAAGUGCUAUUAUUCUUUAGGGUUGAUGCGUGAAGCUGAGCAACAAUUUAGAUCAGCUUUAAGGCAGCACCAAUGCAUUGAGACAUUUCUACGGCUUGGGCGAGUAUACAUUCGUUUGGAUCAGCCCCUUUCAGCUUUGGAUGUUUGUCGCACUGGCCUAGAAUAUUUUCCAAAGGAGAUUACUCUUCUCACAGAAAUCGCACGGAUUUUUGAAGGUCUAAAUAAUAUGACAAUGUCUGUUAAGUACUACAGAGAAAUAGUGACAGAAGACUCCACCAAUGUUGAAGCAAUAGCAUGCAUUGGUAUGCAUCAUUUUUACACAGAUCAGCCUGAAAUGGCUCUACGCUUUUACAGACGUUUGUUGCAGAUGGGCCUUUACAACGCCGAGCUGUUCAAUAAUUUAGGCUUGUGCUGUUUUUAUGCUCAGCAGUAUGACAUGACACUGAGCUGCUUCCAGCAUGCAUUAAGUUUAGCCAAAGAAGAUGAUGUAGCUGAUAUUUGGUACAACAUUGGACUCAUAGCCAUAGGGGUAGGAGACACCCGUCUUGCUGGACAAUGCUUAAGAUUAGCAAUUUCUGCUGAUAGCUCUCAUGCCCCAGCUUACAACAAUCUUGGCGUAUUAGAAUUAAGAAGAGGCCGUGUAAAUGAAGCUCGGGCUUUUUUUCAAGCUGCUGCAAGCUUGGCACCAUACUUGUUUGAACCAUAUUUUAACCAUGCAGCUUUAUCCAACAAGUUAGGAGACCUGCAGGCCAGCUACAUAGUCAUUCAGAAAUCACUUGAGGCAUAUCCCAGUCACAUCCCAUCACAAGAAUUGUUGCAUGCACUAGAGAAACAUUUCACAUUUAUUUAGUUAAUAUACAGCUGCAUGUGAUGAUGCACAUUAUGUGUGUGAUGAGUGUCCUUAUGAUAAAGACCAAGACCACCAAUGGAAUUAAAUCUAAUUGAUAUAGUUUUCCAUGCAUAGUAAA